GCAGCAUAUAUCCUUCGCUUAAGCCCUGUAAAGAUAACGGGGAAGGGGGGUCGGUGGAGGAAAGUGCUAUAACUUCUAGUACAGCUGAUAAGAGGGUCCUUGAGAAGGGAGAGAUGUCUGGAGGGGCUGGGAUACAACCUGUGGAAUGCGACAGUGGGGGCGGGACUCACCUACUGCCCGAUUCUGCCUGCUACGGUGGCCACCCCCCGAGGGGCGUGGAUUGUCCCCGGCCUUGCUGUGGGGGGAGCGUUCCGACGGGGAUGGCCCUGGAGUCCACCCAGGAGGGGCGUGGUCCCAUAUCGACAGCUUCAUGGGGCCUGCCUACCCUCACUGAUUGGGCUCGAGUGAGGGAGGAUAUACAGGCCGCAGAUCCAGCAGGUGUCGCUCUCACUUUGCCGGUGGUGAUAAGACCAGAGGGUCCAGCUUGGGUUCCUCUGGAGUCCAAAGCGGUUACUCGUCUUUCGGAAUUAGUUAAGAGCAAAGGCCUGCGUUCCCCUGUUACUAUGGCAGCAGUGGAAGCUCUUAUGGCUUCUAGUCUUUUGCCAUAUGAUGCGGUGAACCUUAUGCAUGUUAUUCUUGAGCCCGUACAAUACACCCUGUGGAAUGAUGAAUGGAAUAGACUACUUCAAGCUGUGGUGGCUGCUGCCAACCGGGACCCCCACCAUCCAGCCAACGGCCAGCGCAGAGGCGAGAGAACUAAUCUUGCACGUCUUCAGGGCCUGGCAGAUGGAAUGGUGGGAUCCCCGGAGGGCCAAGCAGCAAUGCUCAGACCAGGAGAGCUGGCAGCUGUUACAACGGCAGCCCUCCAAGCCCUGCGAGAAGUGGCUAAGGUUGCGGAACCUGUGCAUCCGUGGGCAGACAUAAAGCAGAGCCACUCUGAGUCAUUUUCUGAUUUUGCGAAUCGCCUAAUUCGCGCAGUGGAGGGAUCUGAUCUCCCAAGGGAGGUCCAAUCCGCAGUCAUAAUAGAAUGUCUUAAACAGAAAUCGUUGCCAGACAUCCAGCAAAUCAUCAGAGCAGCACCGGGUAACCUAACUACCCCAGGGGAGCUUAUUAAAUAUGUGUUAGAUCAUCAGAAAGUUGCACCAUUAACUAAUGAGGGAUUAGCAGCCGCCAUGCAGGAAAUGAUAGACGCCAAUCGGGUCAAGGAAGGAAGGAAUAAAGGCCCGUGUUUUAGGUGUGGGCAGCGUGGCCAUUUCAAAGCACAGUGCCCUAAGAAGAUGGGGCAAGGAUCAGACAAACGGUGCCAAUUAUGUGGCGGAGCCGGACAUGUCGCACGUCAGUGUAAAAAAUUUAGAAUCUCGCUGCAGGGAAACGGGAGAGGGAGGGAGCCAAUGGCCCAGGACUCCUUCCCGUCAUCCCUAGGUGGGCCAAAAGCACAACGCCCGCAGUGGCAUUAACUAUGGAUUUAGAAGAACGACCAAUCGUUACGGUUAGGAUGUCAUAUAUGGAUCCAGAUCUUCCAUCAUCGGUGCCCAAAGCGGUAAUUUUUGUAGCCUUACUUGAUUCUGGUGCAGAUAUUACUGUCAUCUCAGAAGAUGACUGGCCUCGGCAGUGGCCCGCGACUUUUAUGUGGAGAACAAUUGCGGGUGUGGGGGGCGAUGUGCCCACCAGAAAGGCAGACAGAGUGGUAGAGCUUGCGAUCAUCAAUGAUGAUGGUACCAUGGAAAAAAAUGUAAUCAUCCUUCCUACUUUAGCACCAAUAGGAGGAUCCAUACUUGGCAGGGACUUUCUUUUUGAGAUGGGAGUAAAACUGACAAAUUUAUGAAAAGGGCCACUGUCCAUCAUUUAGCGCUGCAAUAUGCGAUUCCGUUGCGUUGGAAACGGGAUGUAUUUCCCGUUUGGGUGGAUCAGUGGCCCCUUUCUGUUGAUAAAUUAGCAGCGCUUGUACAGAUUGUUUCACGAGAACUUAAUGCAGGACAUAUAGAACCGUCACUCAGUAGUUGGAAUACGCCUGUUUUUGUAAUUCGAAAAGCAUCGGGAUCUU